AUGCAGUUAAAUCAAUUAGUUGGUUAUCCAAAUGUGACUGAUGUAAGGAGAAUACUCUCAAUACCAAUUAGUGUGCGGCCGCGGCAGGACUCAUGGGUAUGGCACUGGGAUUCCAAGGGCAUGUAUACUGUGAAGUCUUGUUAUAGGCUAUUGCAGGGAGAAUUUAAUACGCAACGGCCCUGGAGUUCGAUCUGGAGUUUAGAAAUACCGCCCAAGUGCCCCACGGUCAAUGCUAUGUGGAGUAAAGUUGGGGUACCAGUGGUGGCUCAUGAGAGGAUGGGAAUAUUGCUGAUUGGCUGGAAGGAUGCUAAGGAGUCAGCGCAUGUCUUUCAUUCGCUACCUAACACGGGUUCUAAUGUCCAGUGGACGAAACCAUCUCCGGGCAGAGUGAAGGUGAAUACAGACGCAGCCUUUGAUUAUGCUAAUAAUUGUAUGGGAAUGGGUUGGGUACUCCGGAAUGAGGAGGGGAGAUUUCUUGCUGCUAAAGGUCUUAAUGUGAGGGGGUGUUUCAAUGUUAACGAAGCAGAGGCUUAUGCUAUCCAGAAGGCUCUAAGUUGGCUCAAGGACUUGGGCUUGGGAGAGGUGGAUGUUGAGACUGAUUCACAAGUUGUUUUUCAUGCUAUUCAUGCUACAUCUUUUAAUUCAUCGUUUGGUAGUUUGGUUGAUGAUAUAAAAAUGGUUACUACUAUGCUUAGUAAUGUAGUGUUCUAUUCUGUAAAGCGAUCUGCGAAUCGUGCUGCCCAUCUUGUUCCUAGGGAGGCCGUUUCUGAGUCAGGUUGCGGGGAAUGGGUUGAUUUCCCACCCCCUUUUCUUGUUGACUGUUUGACCGUUGAAUCAAUGAAUUAA